AUGCAUCAGUUGGAGGUGCACAAAAAGGUAGCUGCCUGUAUAUAUAAUUUAGAAACACUUCACUCCAUUGGCUCUGCUGUGACCAGCUCUGGCUCCAUCCUCUUCCUCAACUGUCCCCUUAGUGUAGCCAUUCCACCAAACUGUCUCAGUGGGCGAGCUGGGAGGCAGAAGGCUCCUUCCAUCAUCAGCUUUCUAUCAGGCACCUCCUACCCAUCAAUUGUGCCAGCUGGUCAUUAUAAGAACAACUGUUCUAAGAAUUGGCGCCUGAGUUUAAUUUUUUUUUUCUUCUCCCUCUCGGUCCCUUCUCCCUUGCGUGUCCCGUUUUGUAAGUCUGCGGUUAUAGAGUAUACACAAGAAUCCUAA